AUGCGGGACAAAGAGGACGACGGGUGCGAAAAGGUCGUGAACGAGUGCGGCGAACCGCGUGCCAGGAUUUACGUGCAGCCGGAAAAACAGCGGAUGAAACGACCGACGACCAUGCUGGACAAGAGAACCGAAGCCUUGGAAAAUAAUUCCAUUUACAGGUAAGUCGAAAUGUGUAAUAUCACUCAUGAGUACCCUCACGUCGCAUUCGGCCGGGUAAAACGAAUCGGUAUGACGACGUAGCCGUUUCUUUAUGGGUUUAGUUCCUACAUAAAUCAUAUAUAAAAAUCGAUAGCCUACUAUACUAUUAUUAUCGACCUAUCGGCUCGUUUGUUACCUUCGGUGACGUAAUUACGCGGUCGAGGAAACUGGGUGUCAUAUUCCCCCCAGGCCCCGGGCCUCUUUUAUUUAAAACUACCGAACACAUUUAUGCAAUAAUUAUACUGUUAUUAUUUAAUACUAGCUGUCCGGCCCGUCGUUGCCCGUGCCAAUAUUUUACUAUUUUCUUUUACCCAUAUUACUUUUGGUAUUGAAUGAAAAUGAAUAGGUGGAAGAUGUGUAGUUUAUCAUGAUUAGAGACCGGAUUUAUGUGUUCUUAAAAUGCACAAAAAUGCACUUGGAAACAUCAAAAAGUCUCGAACAAAAUCACUUAAAAAAUGUACAAAAACGCGUUAGGCAAUUAAAUUUAAUAAGUUAGUGUUAUUAUUGGGGGGACUUAUAAACUCCUCUAUAAUUUUCGCUUUUUCAAAUGUUUGUAAAUCCAUUUUUUCAGAGAUUUGUUGAUGUUUAAAGCGCCUCUUUGUGGAUUAUAAGAUUAUAUUCUCUAGAGUAUAUUGUUCCAGCCUCUAGUCAUUAUCUAUAUGCAUUAUGUAUAAAAAUGAAUCAAUAUUUUGCCGAUGACGCACUGACGCCAUAAUUUGAAUAACAUCAAAAUUUCCAACUUGUCUGGGGAAAAAAAAAAUCCCCGCGAGUUGCGUACGUAAAUAUAUAAUUUGCGUAUGCAAAUAUGUAAGUUGCGGUGAAUUAACUGCGAUAAAUAAACACUUCUCAAAAAAUUCACUCAACAAACUCAAAACUGGAUAAAUAUUUAGAUGUAAUAGACUGUUUACUAAGGAAUCAAUAAAUUAAUUUUUCCAUAGAUACCGCCAUACCAGUACACGGGUUUCAUUUUUUGUCAACCGUGUUACCACGGAAACCCAUAAAUCAACAAAAAUAAUUAAAUUUCUGAACUAAAACCACCUAUAACCAGAAUUUUAGGGGAUGGUAUUCAAUAGCGGAUGAAUUUCAAUAGCUAUAAACCUUCUCCGAACAUUGCGGAACGCAUGCCCGGUUUAUGUUUAAUAACUAUUUUGUACACUGCAAAUAUAUUCAAUUGUUAGUUAUUAUAAUUAUUAUUUAGUUACAUUAGAGAUUAGGAAUUGAAAAACACGCGAAUGUCUUCCGGAAUUGAACCGAACAAAUACCGGUAUUUCGGAUAUCGAGAUUUUUUUUUUGUAUUUUUGUUUUUAACAAAUUCUAAAUCCUAAAAUAAACCACAAUAUCGUUCAUAAAAUUCUAAAUUAUUAAAAAGGCUAUUGAACGUAUCAAUUAUCUAUUCAAGAUUAAAAACGUGUUAUUUUUUUCAUAAAUCGUUAGACUUUCGUAACUUUUGAAGUUUAAAAAUUAAUAUUGGUUUUUUUCGGCACAAGGGCCCCUGCACAGUUUAAGAUGGCUCUGGAGAAAGGCGUUUGUAUGAUAAAAACUAAAUUGUUUAGAAGGGGUUGGUAAUAGGCAAAAUGUACAAACAUUUUGUUCUCCCGCCCCACAAACAUGGUCAAAUUACGCCACUGGUUACUUGAUUAAUGGAAGUACCGAACAGCUGCUUCGCGUUUAUAUCCAAAAGCGUUUUAAACAUUUUAAAUAUCAAGUGGUUCAAAUUAUUUUAACGCUGAAAUUUUCUCGGGGCAUUUUCUUUUCGCAGUCACCAACAAUUUCAUCUUCCAAAAUGACUUUUUUUUUUAUUUUACAUAUUUACCAAAGUUGAUCCGUUCGGCCUGUGUUCAGUUAUUUCAGUUCACCUUACAUUUUGUCUUUAGCCGUUUGUGCAGGGUUGAAAAAAUGCGCUGCAAAUAAGUGCGAUAAAAGUAAUUUCGGUACACCGGGCUUAAUAUUAUCCGAACAGCAUAGGGUUAAUUGAUACUUAUCAAUUCCCGUUUCUGGUUUACUCGCAGUGUCGUUUCGUCCACCGACCGCCAAUUGAGUCUGCCAAAUUAUGAAAAAUUUAACGUUUGGCGGAACUAAUGCCUUUCGCGGGAGAUUAACGUUUGAUAACGCACGAUAAGUCGAUUUUGGGUGACUCCCUAGACGCGUACUUAAUUUUUUUUAACGUUAUUUUUUUCCCGUCUGUCAGCGACCGUUCCGGUCAUCGGCUUUCCCGCAAAGAACAAUUAUUAUUAUUAUUAUUAUUAUUGUAAUUAAUUACGAAAUUAAGUACAUAGUCACAAUGCGAUGCGAUUUUCACCGAUUGAACUCGGCCGCUCGGGAUAGGUUUUGGUUCGGAUUGUUAAAAAAAAAAAAAAAACCCGCUUUACGCGCAGGCAAUCGUUCAAACCGCCGGAGGAUCCGCGCAAGAGGACGGCCGUGGAGCCGGGACAACACUUUUGGCCGAUGGCACGGGACGGCGAGGGGAUCGCCACCGUGACGGUACAGCGGGCGAGUUUCCCGGAGUGGCCGUGCGACCAGCGGCCGCCGCCCGCGAUCCAGAGCGACCACGAGAUCGGCAACUGCGAGCAGCCAAUGCAGGCGGUCACGUCGCAGCGACACGAUUACGUGAAGAAAAGAGUGCCGUUGCCCGUGCGGUACCGGGCCUCCGACCCGGCCAUCGACCUACAGGGCGGCUGCGGCACCGGCGACGGCGGGGGCGCCCGGUGCCAGAUGGCCAGCGUGACCACCACGGCGGACACUUUCGGCGCGACGGACACCGUGCGCCCGCAGGAGUCGGCGCGGCCGGCCACCGCGGCCCACUGGACGGCCCGCGACGAACGCAUGGCCGCCGUCACGGAGACCAGCGCCAGUUACGUGCAGUGGGACCCGCUGACGUUGUACAGGUCGGCCGAAUGCCUGCCGUAUUGCCGGCCCGACGAACCCAUCGACGAUUGCACCGUGUACAAGCGGAGUUACAAGCCGCCCGGCGACUUCCGCGACCCGUUGCCCGGCGAACUGCUGUCGGUCGGCCGGUUCGGCUCCAGCGCCCCCCCCGAGAGCCACCCGGUUUACCCGAAAGCGCACGACUACAACUCGUAA